GUGAGCUCUUUGAUGGUACGAGUGUUUUUGUAAAAAAAAAAAAAUUAGAAAUGUCUCGUGUUUGCGAUAGUAAAUUAUGAUUGCAUUUUAAAAAAAAGGGCAAAUACCGUGGAAUUUCUCAAUAUCUAUCACCUUCAUUUUUUGACCAAGUGACCAAUUCUUUCAACCGUUCAAACGUGGAGAAAGAUCCUUUCCUUCCGCGCUCAACCAUUUUCUCUCCAAAUCUCUUGUUGAAGAAGAAAGAAGAAGAUGAGUAAGCAACAACAGCCGUCCAAUCAACCCCCAAAUCCUGAUCAUCCUCCUUCUCAUUCCUCCGACUACGCUCCAUACCCUAAGCUCCAACCCCACGACAUCGCUCCUCCUCCGCAGCCCGAGACCUGGACAUCCGUCACAAUUGCACCCCAACCCCAACCCCAGUCGAACCCAGAACCCCCUUCUGCUCCUCCUCCUCGGGCGGCGACACACGUCGAAGAGCGGGCUCCUAUCACGGCCGAUGCCGCCACCUCUAUGCCGCAGGAGUCUAACCCCUACGUGGCCCCUCCGGCACCGCCGCCUGCCUCCUCCACCAAGAAUAAGAUGGAUUCAGUGAAAGAUGUUCUUGGAAAGUGGGGGAAGAAGGCUGCGGAAGCUACCAAGAUGGCUGAGGAUCUUGCUGGGAAUAUGUGGCAACACUUGAAAACGGGCCCUAGUUUUGCUGAUGCUGCUGUCGGAAGAAUAGCUCAGGGAACAAAGGUGCUUGCAGAAGGUGGUUACGAAAAAAUUUUCCAACAGAAUUUUGAGACUGUCCCUGAGGAGCAGCUUCUAAAGACUUAUGCAUGCUACCUAUCGACAUCUGCAGGUCCGGUAAUGGGAAUUUUAUAUUUGUCAACUGCAAAGCUUGCGUUUUGCAGUGACAGUCCACUUUCCUACAAAACUGGUGACCAGACUGAAUGGAGCUAUUAUAAGGUGGUUAUUCCAUUUCAUCAGCUUAAGGAAGUUAAUCCAUCCACAAGCAAAGUCAACCCUGCUGAAAAAUACAUACAGGUUAUAUCUGUGGACAACCAUGAGUUUUGGUUUAUGGGUUUCGUGCACUAUGACAGUGCUGUGAAAAAUCUUGUCGGAGUAUUGCAACCUGGCAGCUUGUGAGGAACGCUUUGGGCCAGAUUUGCUAUGUCGUGGAAGAAAGUACAGUAUGUUGGUUGGGUUUUGUUGACUUUGUGGUUUUGAUAGAACUGUAUGGAACAAUUGCUAUAAUAUUGUGUUUUGUGCCUGUGCUGCAGCUGUUUUUGUCUGCGGAGUUAUUGUAAUAUUCUUUUAUUAUAAUAUUUGGGGGUGACAAGGAAGUAACAUUUGUAUAAGUUGUAAAUGACAUUAGUAAUGGUUAUACACCUUUCAUUUGUACGUGGUAAUGAAGAUUUAUAUUGAUGAGUGA